AUUAAGCACCUAGGCAUGCAAAUGGCUUUUACAAACAUCUGUAAAAGAAUGGGUCGCUCUCAGGAGCUCAGUGAAUUCAAGCACGGCACCGUGAUAGGUUGCUACCUGUGUAAUAAGUCCAUCCGUGAAAUCUUCUUGCUACUAAAUAUUCCACGGUCAACUGUUAGUGGUAUUAUAACAAAGUGGAAGAAACUGGGAACAGCAACUCAGCCACAAAGUGGUAGGCCACAUAAAAUGUCAGAACGGGGUCAGUGCAUGCUGAAGUGCAGAGUGCAGAGAAGUCACCAACUGUCUGCAAAGUCAAUAGCUAAAGACCUCCAAACUUCGUGUGGCAGUCAGAUUAGCACAACAGUGCAUAGAGAGCUUCAUGAUAUGGGUUUCCAUGGCCGA